GGUGCCAGGUAACAUGGUAAAACCAGAGGAUGGAACACACGGCUAUUUUUACAUAAAGGAGAUGAACAGUGCAGGAAGCACACAAGUUCAGGAGCCUACCCACUGCAAACCAGGAACUGCCUGGCCCUGGGAGUAUAAAGAUGAGGAGGACAGGAUUUCUUGAAGACCACGGGUGUACAUGCGCACGCGCAUGCUGUUUUCCGGGUAUGUUUUGGCUGCUCUGCACUGAGGAGGGUCCAUUUAAGGGAAGCCAGCACAGAGGGAGUGGUGUCUGAAGAGUUGUCCAAGUGGAGGAAGGACAGAAAUUGAAGAGAAUCCUGGUGACUAGCGUGUUGGGAGAGGACUGAAGGAAGCCAGACCAGUUGCUGCACUCUCAGAUCUUCUUGGGUGCCCUCUGGCUCCCAGGUGACCUGCAGCAGGACCUCUGUUUUCCAUAGGUGGGAUCACUGAGGCUCAGCAACAGAACUGAAGACGGAAUCCACUCACCUGAUUCUCAGUUUAGGGCUUUUCCUAAACUGAACACUCAUUGGAGGGAAGAGAUUUCUUCUUCAAUUGACUAGUGUUGAAGUUUGCUGAAGCUUGUGUCCACUGACCAUCCUACGAGAUUCCAACAAUGUCUCACCCAUCUUGGCUGCCACCCAAAAGUACUGGUGAGCCCCUAGGCCAUGUGCCUGCACGGAUGGAGACCACGCAUUCCUUUGGGACCCCCAGCAUUUCAGUGUCUACACAACAGCCACCCAAAAAGUUUGCACCAGUAGUUGCUCCAAAGCCCAAGUACAACCCAUACAAGCAACCUGGAGGUGAAGGUGAUUUUCUUCCACCCCCACCUCCACCUCUAGAUGAUCCUGGUACUCUUCCAUCUGUCUCUGGAAACUUCCCUCCUCCACCACCCCUAGAUGAAGGUUCUUUCAGGGCACAGGGAAAUCCGGGAGGCAAGACCAUUGAGGAGAGACGCUCCAGCCUGGAUGCUGAGAUUGACUCAUUGACUAGCAUCUUGGCUGACCUUGAGUGCAGCUCCCCCUACAAACCUCGGCCCCCACAGGGCUCUGCCAGUGCAACAGCCUCUCCUCCAGUCUCCACCCCUGUCACGGGACACAAGAGAAUGGUUAUACCAAACCAACCCCCUCUAACAGCAACCAAAAAGUCUACAUUGAAACCGCAGCCUGCACCUCAGACUGGGCCCAUUCCUGUGGCUCCAAUAGGGACACUAAAACCCCAGCCUCAGCCAGUCCCAGCCUCCUACACUACAGCAUCCACCCCUUCAAGGCCUACCUUCAACGUGCAGGUGAAGGCAGCCCAGCCCAGCUCACAUUACAUGGCUGCCCCUUCACCAGGACAAUUUUACGGCCCAGGGUCAGGGCACCAGGGCUAUAACAUUCAACCAGUUCCUGUUUCUGGUCAAGGUCCACCUCCUCCAACACGGGGAGGCAUGGAUUAUGCAUAUAACCCACCCCCAGGCCUUCAACCUGAGCCUGGGUAUGGGUAUGGCCCUAACCAAGGUCGCUAUUAUGAAGCCUAUAGCCCAGCAGGGCCUGUGUAUGGAGGCAAAAAUGACUCUGAUCCUGCCUAUGGUCAACAAGGUCAUCCCAAUACCUGGAAACGGGAACAAGGGUACACUCCCUCUGGGACAGGAAACCAGCACCCUACUGGCAUGUAUCCAGUUGCUGGUCCCAAGAAGACCUAUAUCACAGAUCCUGUUCCAGCCCCCUGUGCACCACCACUGCAGCCAAAGAGUGGACAAAUGGGAUCAAAGGGGCCUCCAGCUAAUCCACCCUCAUUCCGCCCUGAAGAUGAACUAGAGCACCUGACCAAGAAGAUGCUGUAUGACAUGGAAAAUCCACCUGCUGACGAAUACUUUGGCCGCUGUGCUCGCUGUGGCGAAAAUGUCAUUGGGGAAGGGACAGGAUGCACUGCCAUGGACCAGGUCUUCCAUGUGGAUUGUUUCACGUGCAUCAUCUGCAACAACAAGCUCCGAGGGCAGCCCUUCUACGCCAUGGAGAAGAAAGCCUACUGUGAGCCCUGCUACAUUAAUACCCUGGAGCAGUGCAGUGUGUGCUCCAAGCCCAUCAUGGAGCGGAUUCUCCGAGCCACCGGGAAGGCCUACCAUCCUCACUGCUUCACCUGUGUGAUGUGCCACCGUAGCCUGGAUGGGAUCCCAUUCACCGUGGAUGCUGGCGGCCUCAUCCACUGCAUUGAGGACUUCCACAAGAAAUUUGCCCCUCGAUGUUCUGUGUGCAAGGAGCCUAUCAUGCCAGCCCCCGGCCAGGAGGAGACUGUCCGAAUUGUGGCUCUGGAUCGUGAUUUCCAUGUUCACUGCUACCGGUGUGAGGAUUGUGGUGGCCUCCUGUCUGAAGGAGAUAACCAAGGCUGCUACCCUUUGGAUGGACACAUCCUCUGCAAGACCUGCAACUCUGCCCGUAUCAGAGUGUUGACCGCCAAGGCUAGCACCGACCUUUAAGUUCAGUGGCCUGUUCAGCUGGUUAGUUGGUGGUACUGAGAAGAAUAAAACACCAAAAAAAAAAAAAGAAGAAGAAGAAGAAGAAUACUAAGAAAAGCAAUAGGAAAAUAGAAGAAAGGCAUUCAAGCUAUAGGAUGGUCUCUUUUCUUCAUGUAGUAGGAACCUUUCUGUAGAAACACAUAGAUUAUAAGAUUUUUUUUAAAAACGUUCUUACCAACUACACAUUUCACAUUUAGUUAUGUAGGACCUUGAUGGGCCUUUGUUCCCAAGGACUUCCACAUUUUUGCACGGAUUAUGCUCCAUCCCAUUCAUUUCUGCAUUCCUGUACACUUUAAUCCCUCUGUUUGUCUCACUUUUCAUCUGGUUGAAUGGCUUUUUUUAGUGUGGUAUUUGCUGUCACACAGAUUUUCCUGGGUGAGUCUGCCCACUCACAGGUGCUUUUAGGCUUGAAGUCUCUCCAUCCUAUCAUGUCCACGUUGCCUCUGAUCAUAAAUGAUAGUUGUUCUCUUUGUGUAUCGAAAAGCAUAUCUUUCUGUUGCUCUAAAUGGUCAUGUCCCUUGGCAGGGGAGGGAGGGAAAUAUACAACUUAUAUGUUAGACUGUAAAGAAUUUAAGCUGUAAAUUAGGUAGGUUAAAACAAGCCCACGUUUGUAACCAUCCAAAUCCAAAUCUAUAGUGACCAGUUGUCAAGGCUCAUUUCAAAACAGAUAUUAGUAAAAGAGGUCCAAACUUCAAUGUUUUUCUAAAGAAAUUACAGGUAGAAUAUGCUGGAAAAAACAUUUGGGGUUAAGUUUGAAAAGCCCAUUAUUAUCCCACAAUAUCAUCUGAAGAUUCCCCUUUGCUGCCUAGACACAUUACAGACAAACUUGUUUGUCUCUAGAAUAUAACAUUUUCUGUACUGUCCUACUUUUUAUAUCAGAAAUCUUGAUUUUUUUUCUAAUAUUCAAACAUGACUAUCAAAAUUGAUUUUUUUUCUCUAGUGAAAGAUAGCUUUAAAGAGCUGUUCAAUCCCCUGCUCCCCAGGCCCAGAUCCUUUUGCCUGGUAAUUGCUAAUCAGGGCACACAAAAUAAAAUUGUGUAGUUUUGUCUAGUUUACUUUAAAAAGGCAGGAAAACUUGAAGAGUGUGAAACCACAGUUUCAUUAUUCUCUUAAUUCUUCUGCAACUGAAAUUACAUAUCAUAGGAGACUUUUGAUGUGACAUUUCACCACACUUUCAAAGACAAUCACUGAAAAAACAUAGUUGCCUUUCUGUGCUAAAAAUAUGCAGAAUCUCUGCCUGGAAUCUUUAUUCAAACUCUGCUGGGCAGGGAAAUGCUUGCUUGCCGACUGUGGAACCAUACUUCAUUAGGUUUUAACUUGUUUCUUUCAUGAAGAGACACCUAUCUUAAUAACGGCAGGUUGCCGUCUUUAAAACUGAUUAAUAUUUUGGAUUGAGAUUUCUUAAACCUUUCUUCAAAUCUUCCACAAGUAUAUACUUUUAAAUUAUGAAGUAUUUUAAAUAUACACAAAAGUAUAAAUAAUAAUAUAAUGAGUCCCUGUAUAUGUAACACCUAGUUUAAGAAAUCAAAUAUAACAAAUAUAGUUACAUUCCCCUGUGUAUCCUUCCCUGAUUCCACAAAUACAUUUUUCAUGAUUUUAAAGUGAUAGAGUCAGUUUUUCAGUCUGAUUUUUUUUGAACACGUAGAACAGAAAUGAAAAAAAAAAAAAUUCUGCAUGUUUUAAAUCGCAACCCAUGCCUCAGGAAUUCCAAUUAAAUAUAUUUUACUUUAGUAAGAAUAAUCAUAAAAAUGGUUCUUUUUUUCUUUCUUUUCUUUUUUUUUUAAAUAAGAAAUUCUUAAGCCUGUGGUCACUGUAGUUCAUUCAAGUUGAUUUGUGGCUCUUUCGCUUUGGUCACCAAACAGUUUUGUUUUAGAACCUCCAACAUUAUAUCUUUUUAAAGUUGUUUUUGACCACUGUCCUCUCCUUACCUUACUCCUUUUAUCUUUGAUCUUAAACUUCUCAUAAUGUGAACUACAAUGGGAUUCACUUUGAGUAGCAUGGAGACAAUAGCGAUUGUAUCUCUGAAUUUCUGUCUUCCAAAUGAAAGCCCAGACCAUGCUGCUGACCUCAAAGAGCACUGACUGUUAGACAAUCGGGGUGAUAAUAUAAUCUGUUUGAAUUGCUUCAGUAACUUUGUUUUCUAUGAUAUGCUUGGGAAAAACUGUCUUUAGACCCAAAGCAAAGAGCCCAAUUUAUUAAGAAAUGGAUUUUAUCUCUUGAAUAGCAGUCAUAUUAUUAUACAUUUUGCCAAAAAAGGAAGAAUUUAUGAAAUAUUUAUACUAUGAAUUGCAAUAACAUUCUACUUGUUUGUUACAUUGAAGUCCUUAUGUAACUGAAUGUUUACAAGCAACAAAGGAAAAAAAGUUAUAAGAAAAUACUGUCACAGACCCAUCACUGUGGCUGUGCCAGGAUACUGCUUGCUUGCAAUCUUUAUAGUGCGUUUUUAUCACAUAACCUCAGAGUAUCUUUACCAAAGAUUUUUAAAAAGUAAAUCUUUUUUAAUAUAGACUUAUUAUACUUUUAUAUAAUAAUGAAUGUGCACACACACUUAAACAGAAAUAUUUAGAUUUCUUUUUCUUUCACAAGGUAUAAUAAGGAAAGGAUCCUACAAUAUUUUAUUCCAGGAUUUCUUAAAUAUAUGAUUUAUAUUGCUUUCUUAUCUUUUCUGUUAAUCUUUUAGUUUAAACAAUGCCAAAUCACUCCUUACUGUUUUAGUUACAUGAAAUGUUGCCUAUCACAGAGAUUUAAAGAUCAUAUUACCUUAAUGAUUAUAGUUCUAUUGUCUUUUGAUAUAUUGUCUUAAUUGUUGACAUUUAAAUUCAAAAUAAUAGAAAAAUAUCAUGGAGUCUAUAAGAGAAAGUUGGUAAAAAUAUAGUGGUUUUAAAAAUUUGUCAAGAACACAAAUAUUUGGUAAUUCUAUGUAACAUGAGAGACAUGGAAGAAGGGGAAAAAAACCCACUCUGUCAUGGGCUGUGCACAUCAUUUUAAAACCAGAUUUCUUCAUUGCCUUGAUUUCCAGCUCCUGCUGACUCAAUGUGGAAGUACCAUAUGCAAACAAAAUUGCCUUUAAAAUGUAAAAAGAAGUCAUUGUUCCAGCAUAAGGCAACAAGGCUUUGAGAUGCUGGAAAUCUCUGCAGCUCAAAGAUGUGGGUUCUUUUUCUUCUCAUUAACAAAUUGUUUCUGUUGGAGCAACUUCUCUGAUCAAAAUUACUGCAUUGUGGAUAUGCUGAUUAAUGCAGUGGAGUUAUCAACACUGUAACUGUGUUCUCACUAUGAAAGAUCCUUCAGAGACGCUUACGGUGAUGCUUAAAGUAUAUAGAACGCUAACUAUGUGUAAACAAGUAUUUUUAUCUUGGUCCAGAGGAAGAAAGAGAGCACUUCUACCAUGGGGCUGUAGUAGAGGGUUUUGUGGAACAUAGCAAGGGCUCUGAAAACACAACUUUCCCACAGUUUUCCUCGUUAGUAAAAAUCCUGUUAAUGUGAACCAGCCAGGAAUAACAGUGUUAUUUCUAUGUGAUAUGGUUUGGGCUACUCUUGUCAAAUCUGUGUCUGUGGCCCCCUGAUCCUUCUGUUAUCAAGUUCUGAAGGGUGUUGGGGAAAUGCUGGCAGCUGCUAGGGAGAUCAGGGAAACACUGGUGUAACCUCACAGCCUCUCGCCAGUCCUCUUGGCUUGGAAAGGCUUUUUUUCCAUAUACAUUUCUAGAAAUAUUGCUAUACUACCUUAGUAUUUCACAUUUGUAGUUUAAACAAGCGAUUGUCCAUCUGUUGCCUCGAGCUACAGUACAUGUGUGUUAUGAAAUAUGACAGCAUGUUCCGUACCCUGCUUUAGCCAUCUGUAGGAAACCAGUAGGCUGAAAAAGAUACCUCUGAGAAAUGUUCCUCGAGUCCCUUUCCUGAGAUUGCUCUUUUGGUGCACUUUCGUGGGAGACAAUCAGUGAACAGCAUCUAUGUGUGCCUUAUUUUUAAAGAAUCUUUACACUACAUAGGAAUAUUCCACUGAAGCAUCUAUAACAUAAAUAUUAAUCCCUAAAUCUCAGAGAUAUCUUCAUCAAAAAUGUCCAACAAAAUCCAGAGAGGUCUGAACUCUUCAUCUUAAACUAUGCUAAUAGUAUUUCUUUUCUCUUUUAUGUCUUGGAAGUACCUUAUGGAUUCCUAAAUUGGGGAAAACAUUCUUAAUGGCCACAAGGUGAUGUAUCGGAUGUUGUUAGUGAUUAUGUUUGGUCUUACUCUGGUUUUAGUCAGAUAAUGAAGACAAGACUUCACCUUAGACCUUUAACAGCCAUUCAGCAUAUCUACUUUUUUAAGUUUCCAUAGUUUUUUGUUGUUGUUGUUUGUUUGUGUGUUUUUUAAUUUAAUAGUGGACAGCACAAGUUGAGAAUCCUUGUUCUGAGUUAUUACAGUGCAACCACGAACAUUUCAGGUUAAGUUAUUUACUUCACAGAUAACUAUAAUGGAAGUGUUCUCAUGAGGCUGUUGCUUGGUUAGCAUAUAAUUUCAAACCUUUAAAAGAUGAUCUGAUUAAAACUGCAACUUAGUGAAUUGUUCCUUCUUUUUCUCUCUCCUUUUUUCUUCUGUCCUUCUCUUACCAUCUUGCCUCUCUCCUCUCUAUCCUGCCUAUUAAUGCUAUCCUGCUUGGGAAUCUCAUAAAUAAAUCAAUGCAUGAUAGUCCUUAUGAUAUUAUGAUCAUAAUAAGGGAAAAGGGCUACCACAACAUAUAUGUGGCAUCCAUAAACCCUUUCUUUAAAAGGGCAUAUAUUUCCAGAUUGUGUUUAUUUGUAAAAUGAGAUAAUAGAGUCUUUGAUUUUUAUUUUAAUGAGCUUUCAUCAAGGACUCAGAUCGUAGAAUUCUUGGUAAAUUCAUUUAUGACUGGCCUUCUUUUCUCAGGUAAAUGCAAAGUAAUCAUUCUAAGACUAGCUUAAGAUUCUUUUGUUUUAAUCCAAAGCAUUUUUGACCAACAUAACAAUGAUAUUUAUAGUGGUGGCAUGUUAUUUUAUUCCACUGAAACUUGAUAAUUUUUCUUAAGGCAAGGAAAAACUAUUAUCCUUCAGGAAUUUUUAUACAUAUCAGCAUUUUGCCCAUGACAAUGAUAUUUAAUCUUAAUAGUUGAAUCACAAUAUUUUACUUAGGGUAGGUCAGCACCAGAGUUGUUCCUAGAACACAUAUUACUGGCCUUUAGUCUGUUGAUAAAAGCAAUCUGAGAACAAGUCUGUGUCUCACAUUGAAGUAUUUUGUUAAAAUUUAGGUCUGAGGUUCUUUGAACUCUGGCUAAUCCUGGUAAAAGUAUGCCCUCUUAUCCUUUUGUUUGUGUGUGUGAAAAAAAAGCUUAUAAUUCUAGGACUAUGUUUCCAAUUUUUGUUUUUAUCCUCAUUUCCAUUUUCUACAUGUUUUCACAAGGUUGUCAUUGAUUUUCCUUUUGGGGAGGGUCACCUAUGAGGAAAGUAAAACAUAAUGCAUACUUAAUUCAAUAUAUAAAUGAAAUUGCCAAGAAAUAAUGAGAAGUCCCAGUGAGUAUGUGUUGCUAGAUAAAAUUUUUUUGUUGUUUUGGUUUUGGUUUUGUUUAACUUAUUUCCAAGAAAAGAAGGAUUCAGGCGGAGAAGGAGGGAUUUGAGAGCAGAGGUAGUCUACAAUUAAAACUAUGGCAACACAGUUCUUACAUAGUGUAAUUCUGAGAAUUUUUAUAACUUGUUUUAGGGAUCAGCAAUCACAGUUGUUUAAGAAGGUAAAAUACGUAUGUUUUCAAGUUAAUGAGGUUUUUAAAAAUUACAAUGACUACUAAUAUAUGUUUUCCCCUGUCAGAAGAGAGUAAAAUGAGAGCUGGUGCUAGGUCCCAUGGCAUGGCCAUCACUACACCAGAAAUGUUAUACUGCAUGACCUCUCAUCCCCUCUGAGAGGAGGGCAUAGCUCCCCUCUUUCUGAGAGCUGGUGAUGCAUAUUCUGACAUAUUCUUUGGCAAACUGCUCUACAUGCUGAGCAUCUCUGUAGGAAGAGAUUUCUGUAUUCACACAAUGUUUUAUCCCUUUCCAAUGUACUUACCUAGUGAGCACAGUAAGUAGGAGUUUUUCUGUGGUUCUCUUGUUCAUAUCAUCUACUUUCUGUAAUGUCUUGCCUAACAACUAUACUAUAAUUGAUUCAUAGUUGUUGUUUUUUUAGUUGUAAACACAGAAAACUAAAUAUAAAAUAGCAUAUUUCCCUUCAAUAGAGAAAGGAGGGACACUUAUUCCUUUCUCUGUUAUACUUUCCUGCCCCUUGUGCCAAAAAAUUUGUGACUUGAUUGUAAUUAUCCAACAUGCAGGUAGCUUAUUUUGGGGAAAGUUGUAUAGAAUAUGCAUUUUUACUAAACUCAGUGACACCCCCCCUUUGAAGUUACAAGAAAUUACUAAACUCUUUGCUCUUUGUUUCUAAUUAUUUAGUGUACAGCACUCUCUAACCACAAUAAUAAAUAUAUCUAUUUCCAUUCGUUGUUAUAAAUAUUCAUAUUUACAAGUGAAAAUGUACACUAAAGAGGAAGAAACCCUAUACUAAUUCCUCUGUAAAACUUUAAGAUGCUUGCAUUAGAUUCCCCUACUGUAUGUCUUUAUUAACUUUUCCAAGGUUCCCAUCCAUUUAGGGGCAAGAGACAACUUCAUUUUAUCUGAUAGACAUUAUCUAAUAUAUCCAAAUGGAGGCCUUAUUCAGGAUCCACAAAUGCUUUCAAUCAAGUUGGCACAGAACUUAGCUUCUAAUUCAGUUCUCAACCCCAGGAGUAGAAUGAUCUACCAAGAAUGAGACUGGUGUCACUAUGCCAUCUUAUAUCCUACACCAGUGCAGAGGGCUAUAGCUGACGCCAAAUGCCAGUGUUGUUCCUAGACUCUUAAGACCAACAUGUCCCUUGGAAUCAUGACCCUUUAAGUAUAUAAAUUUCCUCUGUUGUUUUUUUGUUUUGUUUUGUUUUGUUUUUCCCUGAUAUGUCAUAUCCCACAUCUUCUUAGACUACCCACAGCAGUCCAUUCUACCCUUAGGGUCACUCUUUUCUACAAAAGUUCUCCCUUAUGUUGAACAAAAAUCUGGCUCUGGGGCUAUGCAAAACAAGUUUAAUCUCUAAAUCUUUGUCUGUAGGUCAGAUAUCAAUAACUUACAAUUUUCUCUCAUUUAUUGACAUGAUGUCAGGGCCAAUUACCUUUCUGCUUUUCCUCUGAACAGUUGGACCAAAAGAUAUUUCUUACUUUCUUUUAAUAUAUCCAGUGAAACAUAGCAAUCAGUUUGGUUCAAGCUAGGUGAAAAUACUUUCUUCAGAGUUGAAAGUAAAUGGAAUUUGAAUCACUGAAAGAAAACUGAUUCUCAAUGUAGAAAUUUCCUCCAAGGUCUCAAAUCCAGGAAGGAGAAUGCUAGAUCAGAUAGAGCUCCCAUGUACAAAACUUGAUAUAUUGUACUGGUUUUUAUGUUGCCAAAAUCAAAGCCAUUCUGAAAACAAGAAGCAAGCUACUUGGUAAAUAUUCAUUAAGUCUCUUCAACCCUUUCCUUUUUUUCCUGUCUUCUCAAAAAUAAGGUGUUUCCAUACUGAAUAUGCAAAAGACUCCUGGAUACUUUAUAGGUUCAACAUAAAGAUGUACUGUCUGAUUUGUUUUGAGAUUCACUUCCAUUCUCCUGUGUUCCAGUGUUUAUACCCAGAGAUGUUGCACGUUAGACCAAGUGAGCAGCUUUCCUACAUGAGCAAUUAGCAACUAUCCUUAAGAGUUCAUAUUCUUUCUUUACAUUUUUCCUUACUCAUUUCUUUAAUUUAAUCAUCUCUGUAAGAGAAUUAGCCCCUAAGUAACUUUGAUUCAGGACAACUGCAAUAAGAUCCAGCAGGUUCCAUUGGUACUCCAUAGGAAGGAAUAGAGUGUCAGAUAGAGUCAGGAAGAGUAAUUCUCCCCAGUAAGGCUCAUGGAGGAGUAAAGAGAUCUUGAAUUGAUGCAUUAACUGAUUUAGAGUUGAGGGAAGAAUAGUCAAGGCACCA